AUGCUGUACUUAAUAUACCAGAAAAGGAAGCUCAGUAAACUAAAAGAGAAGUUCUUUCAGCAGAAUGGGGGUUUGAUUUUGCUACAAAAACUUUCUGGAAGAGAAAACACUUCUCAAACCGCUCAACUUUUCACAGAAGAACAACUAAAGAAGGCCACUAACAACUUUGAUGAGAGCUUAAUCAUUGGCAAAGGAGGUUUUGGUACGGUUUUCAAAGGAUUUCUGGCAGAUAACAGAAUUGUAGCUAUCAAGAAAUCCAAAAUAGUUGAUGAGAGCCAAAAGGAACAAUUCAUUAACGAGGUGAUUGUUCUGUCUCAAAUCAAUCAUAGGAAUGUGGUCAGACUCUUGGGAUGUUGCUUGGAAAGAGAAGUUCCUUUACUGGUUUAUGAAUUUGUUACUAAUGGCACCCUUUUUGAUUUUAUACACACCGAAAGAAAGGUAAAUAAUGAAACUUGGAAAACCAGACUAAGGAUAGCAGCAGAAGCAGCUGGAGCUCUAGCAUACCUUCACUCUGCAGCCUCAGUACCCAUUAUCCACAGAGAUGUCAAGACUGCUAACAUACUCUUGGAUGACACUUACACUGCCAAAGUUUCCGAUUUUGGAGCUUCAAGAUUGGUUCCACUUGAUCAAACUGAAAUAGCCACCAUGGUGCAAGGAACUUUUGGUUACCUGGAUCCAGAGUACAUGCUUACAAGCCAACUAACUGAAAAAAGUGAUGUCUAUAGUUUCGGAGUAGUGCUUGUUGAGCUUCUAACAGGGGAGAAACCUCAUUCUUUUGGGAAGCCAGAAGAGAAAAGAAGUCUUGCUAACCACUUUCUGUCUUGCUUGAAAGAGGAUCGCUUGUUUGAUGUUCUUCAAGCCGGCAUAAUGAAUGAAGAAUGUUGGGAAAUAAGGUCGGAUAAGAUGGAAUAA